AUGGCGGGCUCAAUUAACAAACCUAAGAAGCCCAACUCGAAGCGAGCCACCGCCCGCCUUCGCUACAAGAUCAAAAAGGCUUCCUCGGCCAAGGCACGAAAGGAUCGCAAGCAGGCCAAGAAGAACCCGGAAUGGCGCUCCAAGCUGAAAAAGGACCCGGGUAUCCCCAACCUGUUCCCCUACAAGGAGAAGCUCCUGCAAGAGGUCGAGGAGAAGCGCAUGAAGAAGCUGGAGGAGGCCCAGCGCCGCAAGGAGAUGGUCAAGGCCGCGAGCACCGGCGCCGAUGAGGGGGUCAUGGGGGACGUCGACGGCGACGACGACAGCGACGACCUCAUGGAUGAAGACGACCAAGACAACGACGAACAAGACGACGAGGACGGCGACGAGUCCAACCCCAUGGCCGCCCUCCUCGCCAGCGCCCGCAAGGCCGCCGCCAAGUACGAAAAGGACCUCGCCGACGACGACAUGGAAUGCGAGGACUUCAACAUCAACGACGACUCCGACGAUGACCAGGACCAGGAGCUGGAGACCAACGAGAUCUCGGUCGGCCAGGCGUCCUCGCGCAAGACGUACGACAAGGUCUUCAAGAAGGUCGUCGACGAGGCCGACGUCGUGCUCUACGUGAUCGACGCGCGCGACCCCGAGGGCACGCGCUCCCGCGAGGUCGAGCGCAGCAUCCUCGCCGCCGCCGCCGCCACCGGCAAGCGCCUCAUCCUCGUCCUCAACAAGAUCGACCUGGUCCCGCCGCAGGUGCUGCGCGCCUGGCUCGUCCACCUCCGUCGCUACCUGCCCACGCUGCCGCUGCGCGCCUCCGGCGCCGCGGCCAACGCGCACACCUUCAACCACCGCGACCUCACCGCCCAGGCCACCUCGGCCACGCUGUUCCGCGCGCUCAAGAGCUUCGCGGCGAGCCGCAACCUCAAGCGCGCCGUCUCCGUCGGCGUCAUCGGCUACCCCAACGUCGGCAAGAGCUCCGUCAUCAACGCGCUGCUCGCACGCCUGAGCGGCAAGAACCCGGGCGUCGCCGCGCGCGCCGCCUGCCCGGCCGGCGCCGAGGCGGGCGUGACCACGAGCAUCCGCUCCGUCAAGAUUGACAGCAAGCUGACCCUGCUCGACUCGCCCGGCGUCGUCUUCCCAUCCGCUUCUGGUGGCGGUGGUAACCUGGUCAACGUCAAGAGCGCGGCCGAGGCCCACGCUCACCUCGUGCUGCUCAACGCCGUGCCGCCCAAGCAAAUCGACGACCCCAUCCCCGCCGUCUCGCUGCUGCUGCGCCGCCUGGCCGCCAGCCAGGACGGCGUCCUUUUGCAGAAGCUGACCGACCUGUACGACGUGCCCGCGCUGCUGCCCAGCCGCGUCGACGGCGACGUCACGGCCGACUUUCUCGUGCAGGUCGCGCGCAAGCGCGGCCGGCUCGGCCGCGGCGGCGUGCCCAACCUGGCCGCCGCCGCCAUGACCGUCGUCACCGACUGGCGCGACGGCCGCAUCCAGGGCUGGGUCGAGGCCCCGGUCCUCGCCGUCAGCAGCGAGGACGCGGCCACCGCUGGCGGGAAGAAGUCCAAGAAGACCAAGAAGGCGCCGGCGGCAGCAGCAGCAGCAGCAGGGGACGAUGAGCCCGGGCCGGACCAGAAGCAGAUCGUCACCGAGUGGGCGGCCGAGUUCAAGCUCGAGGGCCUGUGGGGUGACGACGGCGUUGCGGAUGGCGAUGCCAUGGAGCAGUAG